UGGUAUUUUCUUGUCAGUAUCAAUUAUAUAAACACUAGAAAGUGCUCUUAAGUUGUUCAUGAAACAUAAACAACAUAGAUAUCGCUAACUGGAUUGGGAUUGAAAAUAUCCAUCACUCUCAAAUAGAUUACACCCAGAGAGUCUGAUUUAACGGAUUUAACAUAUCGAUGGUGUUGGUUUAUUUGGAAAUAAUAACGGAUAAAGGCUCAACAAUUACAAUUAACAAGAACAAGAUAUUCUUAGUUAUAAUAAACCCGUACGGUGAAAUGAAACUUUGAUAAUAGAUACUAGGAAUAAUCUUUUACCGUUUACAAAUCUUAACUGGUCAAAGUAGUAUCUAUUGUAAUAUCAACAGCAAUUAAAAGACAGUGCUAUCGUAGUGAAAUAGAAAAAAUAAAAAACGGUUGAUAUCAUCAUACAUUAACGUUAAUCGUUUAUCUCCCAUGUUUUACCUGAGCGUUAUACGCCUUGGUUGUAUUUUAAUGGCGAAUAGUGGACGUGUGACGAAGUACAGACACGCGAUUAUUUAAUACUAUCCCGACCAGAACUUCUUACAGUUUUUGGAGCACUUCCAGACUCUUUGGUAAUUAGAAGGUAAAAAUAUUGCUGGAAGUUUAUUAUCCCACAUUCUACAGAGUUUUGGAACUUCUUUACUUUGCAUAUCAUCGCAUGCUUUUUCUAACCUUUGAUUCCUGGAAUUCAAAGUCUUGUGAAAUAAGGAUUAAAUUGGGUCAUCUUAGCUCCAUAAAUUCUUAUUUCGUUUUCACUGCGUAGACUAAGAGUAAAUUAUACCUGUUGUGGGAAGUCAUUAGCGCUGAAUCUGAAUCAAGUUCGUUUGUACUUACGCUACAGACCAAAGAAUAAUAAUAUAUUUGUGAUUCCCACUUAUAUUGUGGUGCUGUUGGACCUAAAAUAGCAUUUGGAUAUUUCGUUGGUGGUGUAGGCCUAAUAUUUAUAUUCAUUUUAAAGAUUAAUGUAAACGUUGCAUUCGGUGUGCCAAAUAAAAUCUAUCGGAAAGUGCGAGUGAGUGAAUCACAUAAAUCACCUCCUGACCUUUCCCCGGAGGUUUACACUUUACUUUAAGGAUUAAUGUCCAAGUUGCUCUGGUGUCAAAGUGAAAUAUUUCCGCCAACGUCUCAGUGUUCCGUUCGAAUGCUAAGCUGUUUGGUGACCGGAACGACCAGCGGUAGUGUAGGAUCCAUCUGCCCAAUAUGCCGUCUAUGGUGAGAUUUUUUGGAGAGUUAGCAGCAACUACAACUGGUGGUGGAACUCCUCCAAUUUCAUCAGCUGCAGCUAGGAGACAGAGUUUACGUCGCGCUUCGUCUGUGACCGGAGAUUGUCUCGAACAGACGAUACAUCUGACAUCGACAUCAAGUACACCUUCAGCUCAUGAUAGUGGUGGUGGUGCCAUCUACACUGAAGGAGAUCAUAUGAUGGACAGUAUUAUUGGCUCGGUAGGGAGAGUAGCCAAUGUCAAGGUUCGUAACGACGAUGACUUGGUGGACCGUUUGAAUCAUCUAUACACGACUGGUAUACUUAUAAUAUUCACAGUGGUGGUUAGCGCUCGGCAAUAUGUUGGUGACCCUAUACGAUGUUGGUGCCCAGCCCAAUUUACAGGAGCACACGUGGACUACACUAACAAUAUAUGUUGGAUCUCUAAUACAUACUAUAUACAGUUCCAAAAUCAGAUUCCCGUCGAACAUUCAUUUCGCAAAGAGCGAGAGUUGACUUAUUAUCAAUGGGUGCCGGUAGUGCUUCUGAUUCAAGCCUUGAUGUUUUAUCUUCCUUGUAUAAUUUGGAGAUUACUAAAUGGUCAAUCUGGAAUCAACGUAGACAGAAUUGUCAGCCUGGCUUCAGACGCACAGUACGAAAGUCCGGAAGUUCGGAUGAGGACCAUAAAGUAUGUCGUUCGCCAUAUUGAUCGUUGCCUUGACAACCAACGGGAAAGCAGACAUUCUUGCUGUGUUAAAUUACGUCAUAUCCUGUCAGCUAAGCUGUCGUUAUUAUGCGGAAAGCGUUAUGGGAAUUAUCUUGUAGCUGUGUAUUUAUUAAUGAAAGUUCUUUAUAUAUCGAACGCAGUGGGACAACUAUUUAUGCUUAACGCCUUUCUAGGAACGGAAUACAAUGUUUAUGGCUUCCAAAUUUUGGAAGACCUGAUCGAGGGAACGGAUUGGACAGCAUCACAUCGUUUUCCACGAGUUACAUUAUGUGAUUUUGAUAUACGACAAUUAGCCAAUGUACAGCGACAUACUGUUCAAUGUGUGCUACCUAUUAAUUUAUUUAAUGAAAAAAUUUACAUUUUUAUGUGGUUUUGGUUUGUGUUUGCUGCCGUUAUGACCUGUUAUUCCUUUGUCGUAUGGUUAUGGCACAUGGUGUUCCCAACUUCAAGGAUGCAAUAUGUGAAAAAAUUCCUUAAAAUAAUGGACAGGUUAGGUUCUGGACCAGACAAAAAAUUAGCCAGUCGUUUUGCGUUAGAAUAUUUACGUCAUGAUGGAGUAUUUACGUUAAGACUUAUAGGUAAAAAUUCCAGUGAUAUAGUCGUAGCAGAAAUUAUAUCGGGCUUAUGGGAUAUAUAUCGCGGGAAAAAGUCCAUACAGAUUCGGAACACAUCCAUUAACAACGGACACGAGGAGGUUGAAGAUGUCUAGUCAAGUUUUGGCCAUAUUAGGAUCUUAAAACUUCUGACAUAUGGGAACGAGUGUGACCAUGUAAUGCGAAUAGGCGAUUAGUUGCUUCUUCGGCCAGUCCAAAACGAAUGGUCUGCUGUAUGUGUCAAGGGUCGUCCUUCGCAUUUUACGAGUAGACAGAGUUUCCCCUCAGAUGGGUUACACGUGAAUUACGUUCCUUGAGGAAAAUGGCACGAUCAGUUCCCCGGAAAAGUCCCUUAAGCAUUACGGAGCUAUCCGAUCUCUUCCGAAUCAUUCCGAAGAUACGUUCCUAGCCUGUGAAAGACGUUGUGAGUCUUAAGGCUUGUCGCGACGCUAACGAAUGAAUAUUGACUGAUCUAUGUUGAUUGUAUGAUUAUUAUUUGAAGAGCACCGAUGGUGAACGAAGAUGACAUAGAGUGUCCAUUAUUAGUAUUGUGGCCACAGGCAACAGUAAGCAUGCAUAUCAAAUCUUACAGAGAUGCGUGUCAUAGACAUGAAACCAAUAAUAUGGACAUACUACAGUGUUGUACGAAUAGUCUGCUUUCUAUUUAGGCAUGGUCCUAAUUCUUUAUACACACAAAUUGUUUUAAAUCUACAAAUGCACAAAACAACUGAACUUAACUCAAACGGAACAUUAACCAUCGAGGAGUUAAAGAUUCGUCAAAUUACUAAUCCUCAUUUUCUUUCACAGUUCCUUUGAAAUACUUCUCCAAAUGUUAAUAACACGCCCUCCUUCUUAAAUUAGGUUUUGGGAUUUUUUGCGCACAUUUUGAGGUCGUUUACCUUUACCUUUAGGUCUAUCUGUGAUCUGUAUCGCUAUAUCUUAUAAAACAAUAAACACUGUUGUUGCCCAUAACGACGAUAUUCCCAUUACACAUUUUGGUUUCCAUAUUUUUGUAGAGAAUGAGACUUACGUCACAUAUUUUGAGAUACUAUAUUUGAAGAAACGUGCAAAUCAACAGUUUAUUGAUUGACACGCUUACUUUAAAAUCAACAUUUCAGUGAUGGUCAUGACAUGUCUGUAGGGAAAAAAGUCAGGUUAAAAAGAAAAUGACGUAUUUAAGAAUAAUUACUGUAUGCAAAAAAAAAUAUUUUCCAAUAGUCCUUAUAUGCCAAUAAAAUAAACCCAGCACAGUGUGUUUAAUUCAAUUUCUGAAAUUAUUUGAAAAAUGCCAAACAAACAAAACAGUGCUUCCAAUUACAAAUUUGUGUAGCGAUUUAGAUGACAUCAGAGUCAAAUCAAAUUAUGACAUUAGAGUUAUUUAAUUUGUAGAAUAGCGAUAGUUGGAACCAUUCGGUUAAUUCUUUUUAUCACAAUGGUGAGUCCUGAUUGUGAAAUAUUAAAACGGAAUGCCGAUCACACAAUAAUAGUAAAUAACCUAUAUAUGCCUACUUAUUACCAUCCAUGGCCAUUUCAAGAACGAAAAUGACUAUAAAUUAGCCGAGAAUAGAGGAUUCGCUUCCUGUGAUAUCAUCUUAGGUGAAAGCGGACGUAAAGCCCCACGAACUAACGGAUUCGCUUUGAAGAGAACCUAAAAGAAUUAACUGGGUGUUCCGAAUGAUUAUAUAGAUUUACUUUAUAAUUUAUAGAUUUAAUAUAUGAUUUAUAGAUAAGGUUUAGUUUAUGAUUGAUAGAUAAUAAGGUUUAGUUUAUGAUUGAUAGAUAAUAAGGUUUAGUGUAUCAUUUAUGAAUAAUAAUAUUUAAUGUAUGAUUUAUAGAUGAUAAGAUAACGUAGCAUACAUCCAUAUCUCUAGAUUUUAGUUUCAAUAAUGUCAUAUAAUAUGAUAUUUAUUUUAUUUAUUUUAUCAUGUCUCGUGCAAUAUGUGAUUCAUUGUGAUUAAAGAUUUGUUUUUAUAAAGACAAUAGAUAGGCUAGUUUUGUAUUUAUCAUAACUUUAUUAUAUAUACAUAAUGGUGAUACUAUAGUUAAUUUCGAGGAUGUGUUUGAUCCUCAUUGUUAACCUAGAACAAGUUCUCGAAUGACCAGACUUAUAGACUUCAUUAACCAGCAUACUGGCUUUAUCUGUCUAAUACCUCAAGCUUAUUAAUGUGCUAAUGCCUACAUUCUUAGUGGCACUUGGGCGGAUGAAUUACGAAAAGAGUAGUUCGAUGACAAUCGUGGAAAUAAUACUCUUCGGUGUAUGGGAUUAACGUAAUGCUCCACUUGUCGCAAAAUUCUAGCACACAAACUAACGUAUUUUAAAACUUCCUAAUCAGCACGGCGCACCUUAUCAUUGUUCACCAUGCAUGCAGAGUUACUUUGCUUUAUAAAAAGAAACACACCUGUGUGAGAAAAACGAUGAUAUAACCUUAAUCUAGUAAAACUACCAUUAAUCACCAGUGCUAUCAAUUUCACCUCAUAAUAUGAUGGUUAAUACAUAAGAUACUGUAGGUAAUAGGCUUAUUUAGAAAAUUCCACAGACUCUUGUCUGUUAAACUAACUUCUGGCGUCGAUUUUAUAAUAGUACAUGUAGUUCAAUCGAGUAUAUUACUUCCAAUUAUCCGAAUGUUACAUAAUAUAUAUGUAUAUCAAUUUCUGCUCAUGAUAUUCUGGUUGUGUCAUAACAUACUGUAAUAAGGCAAUUAUACAGUCAAUAGUUCUACUCUCUUAUUUUGAAAAUUGAAUAUGUUAAAUGACCUGGAUUGUUGUGACUACUACCGAUAUAGAUAUAGUUUUCCAUUUGCUACUGUUCCAACUGUAUCACUACUUACCGGAAGUACACAGAAAUUUUCUAGUCUUUAUUCACUGCUCAUCGCACUGGAAGUACUUGAGAAAUCUUAGGCUGCUUAAAAUAUGUGGUUUUCAGAAUGAGAGAGUGAUGUUUUUUAAACAGUUCUAUAGACUUAUAUAUGCUAAAACUAUUUAUUUUAUUUAAUAUUUAUAAUCUUAGGAUGUUGAAGUUGAAAUCAACGUCAUUAUUUAAGUAAUUUAGAAUCUACGUUAUGUUUUAGAGUGUUUAUUCCUAGUUAUUUUGUUAGCCUUAACCAAAGGAUUGCAUCAUAUCGGGUGUAACGUAUAUAUAUAAAACAGUCUCAAGGAGUUAUCUCCCGUGUUGUUUCAAGUUUUUCAUUUGAUAAGAAUGUAUAUAUAAUAUAUACAUCUUACCUUGUGUGGUUCUAAAAUAUACUAAACGAUGGUUUUUAAAAAAAAGUGCCUUUAUCCGAGAACUAACAACGACCUAUGCACAUACCAUGAUGGCGUUUAAGAGGGAUCCUUCAAUUUAUUCCGACAGAAAGCCUCAAUUGGAUGUCAUAUAACAUGGUCGCUUGUCCAUUCAAAAAGUCUGCUGGCCAUCCUAAUUGUGUUGCAUAAUUUCUAUGCAAUUUGUCAGAAAUAUCACCAAACAUUUUUUUAUUACUGUGAUACCAUUAUAAUGUCUUUUGUUUUAUAAAUCGUGCAAUUAAUUUGAAAUGAUCUUUAAGUUUUUAACGAGCGUGAGGGAUACUGCUAGUCAAGUUUAUUUAUUUAUUUGUUUAAGUUUGAAAAUAGUAGUUAUUAUUUAAGUAGCUAGCUAGUCAGUGUUACUUUAAUUUAUAUCAUUACUUAUUUCUUUACAAACGUUUUUAGAAUUCUUUCUCCUUCAAAUAGCAAAAAUUCAGGAAACACACAGAGAAAAAGUGUAGAACUUGUAUAUCAUUUUCCAUUAUAGCUUUGUUUUUAUUCGUUAAGUCAAAUUAAGUACUUUGCGAAGCUAUUUGUUAAACGUUAAAAGAGAAAUCCUCGGCUAUUUACGUACUUGAGGUAAGAACCUCUGAAUAAAACGCACUUUGUUAUUUGCCCUUAUUACUCCGCGUAAGAAAAGAAAUCCAAUAAAUGGUUCAGCACAAAAUCAUACGCCAACGGAAUCCCCUCCAUUCAAUAGUUUUCAGUUUGUCGCUUUAACGCCACUUUACCAUAGAGAUUUGAACGAGACAACGGUGAUUUUGUUUUUUUCAUUGAAAAUAGUUUUCGAUUUUUUUUACAUGUAUACAUGUAUAAAGAAUAUAAAGCGAUUCUGUUUAAAGGAGAAAGAGUUUUAUUAGAACUUUGGUGUGGUUAUUUUCAUAAUAUAUAAACUUUUACCAAUCAUAAACUAUUUAUAAUAACAUACUAUUUCAAAACAUAUGUACAGUCUGUUUGUUAUUUUGUCAUUUUGUAAUUUAAAACCUGGGAUUUUGAAUCCUGAUGAUCGAGUGUUGUUUCUUUUUUUCUUUUUCAUUUUUCAUUUUAACAUUGAAAAAUAUUAUUAAAUAAUGUU